AAAACUAAAUGGUGGCAGAGCCACUGAGAUACGGGAACUGUUUUGCCAGGGGGCGCGGGGUUGAAAGUGACCUCCAUCUUCCCGUUCUUCGGUGAGAAUUUUCUUGCCGCUGAGCAUCGGUCGUUUUUGCGACAAAAAUGCUUCGGUUUCCCCUGAGCCAGGGGCUGAAGGGGUCCCUCAGACCCCUGGUGCAAACCGCGGGUCUGCGAACCGGCUCCGCGCAAACGCAACAGCAGCAACAGCAACGCCAGCCAGAGAAGAUAGAGGUCUUCAUUGACGACCAGCCUGUCCUGGUCGAACCGGGUACCACGGUGCUGCAGGCCGCCGCUAUGGUCGGGGUCGAGAUCCCACGUUUCUGUUAUCACGAGCGGCUUUCGGUGGCCGGUAACUGCCGCAUGUGCCUCGUCGAGGUCGAGAAGUCCCCCAAACCGGUGGCAGCGUGCGCCAUGCCCGUCAUGAAGGGCUGGCGAGUGCGCACCGACUCGCCGAUGACCCGCAAGGCCCGCGAGGGCGUCAUGGAGUUCCUCCUGAUGAACCAUCCACUGGACUGCCCCAUCUGCGACCAGGGUGGCGAGUGCGACCUGCAAGACCAGUCGAUGGCGUUUGGCAGCGAUCGGAGCCGUUUCACGGACGUGACGCACUCCGGUAAGCGCGCCGUCGAAGACAAGGAUGUGGGCCCGCUUAUCAAGACCAUCAUGACCCGGUGCAUCCAGUGCACGCGCUGCAUCCGCUUCGCUUCUGAGGUGGCCGGCGUGGACGACCUGGGCACGACCGGCAGGGGAAGCGACAUGCAGGUAGGCACCUAUGUGGAGAAGAUGUUCAUGUCCGAGCUGUCUGGCAAUGUCAUCGACCUGUGCCCCGUCGGCGCCCUCACCUCCAAGCCGUACUCGUUCGCAGCCCGGCCCUGGGAGACGCGCAAGGUGGAGAGCGUGGACGUACUCGAUGCGGUCGGCAGUAACGUGGUGCUGAGCACACGCACGGGUGACCUACUGCGGGUUCUUCCCCGCCCCAAUGACGACAUCAACGAGGAAUGGAUCUCGGACAAGACGCGCUUCGCCUGCGAUGGCCUGCGUCGGCAGCGACUCACUACGCCGAUGCUUCGGGACGAGAAGGGACUUCUGCAGCCGUGCGGCUGGAAGGAAGCCCUGCUGGCUGUUGCCUCCAAGCUUCAGUCGGCCGGCCCCGGCAAGGUGGCGGCCAUCGCGGGAGCCCUAGCCGACGCAGAAGCCCUGGUCGCCCUCAAGGACCUGGUGACCUCGCUGGGCGGCGAGGCGCUCUGCACCGAGGAACGGUUUCCGACCAGUGGCGCUGCCGACCUGCGCUCCAACUACAUCCUCAACGCUGGCAUUGCGGCCAUUGACGAAGCUGACUUGCUGAUCCUCUUGGCUACGAAUCCGCGUUGGGAAGCGGCCACCCUGAACGCCCGUAUCCGGAGGGCCUGGCUUCACAACGAGCUGCGGGUGGCCCUGCUGGGUCCGAAGCUGGAUUUGACGUACGAGUACGAGCAUCUCGGCGACAGCGCCUCGACGCUGGAGCAGUUGGCGCAGGGAAAGCAUCCGUUGUCUGCCGCUCUGGCUGCGGCCAAGAGGCCAAUGGUGGUCGUUGGCAGCGUGGCGCUGCAGAGGCCAGACGGGGCGGCCCUGCUCGGUCUGGCACAGGCCCUGGCGGCACAGGCACGGGGUUCCGACCAGGGUUGGAAGGUGCUCAACGUGCUGCACAGGGUGGCGAGCCAGGUGGCAGCACUGGACGUCGGGUACACAGGAGGAGUCGAUGCCGCCAAGGAGGCUCAGCCGUCGGUGCUGUACCUCCUGGGUGCUGACGAGGGCCUGGUGUCGCGUGCUGACCUCCCGGAGGACUGCUUUGUGGUGUACCAGGGGCAUCACGGGGACCGGGGAGCGGAGCUGGCCGACGCUAUUCUGCCAGGUGCUGCCUACACAGAGAAGCAGGCCACCUACGUCAACACGGAGGGACGCCCCCAGCAGACGCUUCCUGCUGUGGGGCCGCCGGGACUGGCUAGGGAGGACUGGAAGGUGGUCCGUGCCCUCUCCGAGGUCGCUGGAGUUCACCUUCCUUACGAGAGCCUGAGCGAGAUCCGUGGUCGCAUGACAGAGCUUGCCCCACACCUGACCCGUUACGGAGAACGUGAGGAGGCCAGCUCAUUCAUGGCACCUCCCAAAGACCUGCCGGCCCUGUCCAGCCAGCAGCCUUUGCACCCGAGGCUACUGACGCUGAGGGAUUUCUACAUGACAGAUGCCAUCAGUAGGGCCUCCCCCACCAUGGCCCGGUGUAUGCAGGCGGUAGACCAGCAGGCCAGCAGGCCCUACUAGCGAGAGUUGUUUAACUGUAUAUACCUCUAGGGAAGCUGUGGGCCAUGAGUGUCUUUAGUCUGCCAAUAAAUACUUAUGAAAAACCCCA